GGCGUCAUCGGCGUUCUGCUCUCUGAUUGGUUAUUGUCAGUGUACGAGCCGUUGAUACACACACCAGUUAGCAGUCUGUGAAACUGCUUCACAAGAGUGUCUCAACCUGAGCAGAUGAACCGAGCUCUUAAACAGACUCACGGUAAACCAGGACCUUAGGUGCCACAGGAGUGAGCAAACCGAGCCCGCGGACAUCAGGUUUUCUGCCAUGUCUGUCAAAUGGGAGGACGUCCUGAAGGAUGAAAAUCUGAUCAAAAAUAUAGAGGAGUUAGCAAAAGACUCAGCACUUUUACAUGGGGUGUUGAUGAGGACCAAAGAAACGCCAAACUCUCCUGAAGUGGUGAGUUAUGCACCGUUCACGUUGUUUCCCACACCGGUGCCCACAGCACUCUUUCAGCAGGCUCUGGCAGUACAGACACAUUUUAACCGGUUGGUGGACCGGGUCAGCCAGAAUCCUGGCUUCCUAGAGGAAACUCUGGCCAGCACCAUCAAAGUUGACAAUUUUACAGCAAGACUUUUCAACAUAUACAAACAAGUUCAGCAUGAACAUCAUCCCCAGUCAAUAGUGCUGGGCUUGAAUCGCUCCGACUACAUGUUGGACCACAGUCCAGACGGUGGGACGUCUUUGAAGCAGAUUGAAAUCAACACUAUUGCUGCAAGUUUUGGUGGUCUUGCUUCACGGACACCAGAUGUCCAUCGGCACAUUCUGAAGGUCGCAAACCUGCCACAGGAGUGCAGUAAUGUGCUCGACAACAACCCAGCAGCAGGUCUGGCCAGAGGUUUGGCCAAAGCCUGGGAGCUCUAUGGAUCUGAGAGGGCAGUGGUAAUGUUUCUGGUCGAGAACGUUCAGAGGAAUAUUUAUGACCAUCGAUAUGUAGAGAAUGAGCUGUGGAAAAGAAAUAUUCCUGUAAUAAGAAGACAGUUUGAAGAUGUUUGCAGAACUGGAUCCCUGGAUGAGAGCAAGAGGCUCUUUGUAGAUGGCCGUGAGGUUGCCAUUGUCUACUUCCGUAACGGAUACAUGCCCCAAAACUACACCUCAGAGAAGAGUUGGGAGGCCCGUCUGAUGAUGGAGCGCUCUCUGGCUGUGAAGUGUCCAGACAUCAGUACCCAUCUCGCUGGUACUAAGAAGGUGCAGCAGGAAUUGGCCCGGCCGGGGGUUCUGGAGCGCUUCUUCCCAGACGAACCUCAAACAGUUGCUCAGAUUCGGGCCACUUUCGCUGGACUGUACACCCUGGACAUGGGAGAAGAAGGUGAUAAAACGGUGGCGAUGGCUUUGGCCAAUCCGGACCAGUAUGUGCUGAAGCCUCAGAGGGAGGGAGGUGGUAACAACAUUUACGGCAAUGAGAUCUGUGAAGUGCUGGAGAACCUGAAGAACUCCACUGAGAGGAUGGCUUACAUUCUGAUGGACAAGAUCCAGCCGGUCCCGGUCCAGAACUACCUGCUCCGGCCCGGAGCUCCUCUGAGACUGAACUCCUGUCUGAGUGAACUGGGCGCGUUUGGAGCGUAUGUCAGGAAAGGCAAAGACAUGGUGUUCAAUGAGUGCGUGGGCCACCUGCUGAGGACCAAGAGCUCCGAGCAUGCUGAUGGGGGAGUGGCUGCAGGAGUAGCAGUACUGGACAACCCACUGCUGGUGUGAACUACAGCACCACCUACUGGACCAGAGGAGAAUGCCAUACGGCUGGCAUCGGGAAUUCAUCAUCCCUGUGAUUCAUUUUCUACCUAGCAUCUGUUUUAUCAAAGGUUUCGUGUGUUAAAUAUCUCCUACAGAUGCAGUAAUCAGUGGGGAGCACUUAUGACUGAACUGCUCAUUUCAUGCACAUUUUAUACCUCAUUCAAGUGUUAAUCUGUUGAAGUGUGUGAGAAGUAAUCAUUGAUGUUUUAUAAAAUAGAUUUUUAUUGACGUUUUCUUUUUCUGGUUACUUUUAACUGGUAAUGGUUUUAUUAAACUACACUGGUAGCCAACUUCCAUGACCAGACACAAUCAGAAAGAAGUUGUAAUGAUUAUUAUGAUAAUGAUUUGUUUUGUUUUUGUUUUUUUAAUGUAUACUACCAUUAAAGAAAUAGGUAACCCAAAAAUAAAAAUUUGCUGAAAAUCUCAGCCGAUCCAAGAUGUAGAUGAGUUUGUUUCUUCAUCAGAACAGAUUUGGAGAAAUGUAGCAUUGCAUCACUUGCUCACCAAUGGAUCCUCUGCAGUGAAUGGGUGCCGUCAGAAUGAGAGUCCAAACUGCACUUGAUCUGUGCAUAUUUCUCUCCUGAUUUAGACUAGUCAACUUUUCAUUGGAAGAAAUGCUAUUAUGGACUCAUAUUUUGCCGGAAGCAAAGGUUUGAAAUGAAAAACUUCUUGAUUUUAUUACAAACUUGCAGAUGUUAUUGAUAGACUGGAGUGGUGUGGAUUAUUGUGAUGUUUUUAUCAGCUGUUUGGACUCAUUCUGACGGCACCCAUUCACUGCAGAGGAUCCACUGGUGAGCAAGUGAUGCAAUGCUACAUUUCUGUUCUGAAGAAGAAACAAACUCAUCUACAUCUUGGAUGGCUUGAGGGUACAUCCAUUUUUAGCAAAUGUUAAUUAUUGGAUAAACUAUUUCUUUAAAAAAGCUUGAGGUCAGUAAGAUUUAUUUACAGCUUUUAUUUCACAAGGAUACAUUAAAUUGACCAAUAGUGACAGUGAAGACAUUUAUAAUGUUAUAAUAGAUUUCUGCUUCUUGUUUCUAUUCACAGAAGAAAAAAAAAUGUAUCAUGAUUUUCUCAAAAAUAAGAAGUAGCACAACGGUUUUCUACACUGAUAAUAAUUAGAAAUGUUUCUUGAUCAUCAAAUCAGCACCUUAGAAUGAUUUCUGAAGGAUCAUGUGACACUGAAGACUGCUUUGAAUCACAGCAAUAAAUUACAUUUCAACACAUUUUAAAAUAGAAAAUGGCCAAUCUUAAUUGGAAUAGCAUUUUACAAUUUUUUUUUUUUGAUAAAAUAAAUGCAGCCCAAAG